AUGCAUCCUGCAUCGCCGCAUCAGCAUCGCUCGCGUCUCAAUCCGCCCGGAGCAGUCGCCGGCCAGACCUCGCUUGCCCCACAGCAGCAACAACAGCAGCAGCAGCAGCAGCAUCAGCACACGGUUCAGAUCAGCUCCAGCACACAUCCCUAUCAGGGACUGAAAACCUCUGAAAAUGAGGAGAUGGGCUGCGUGGAGCUGCUGGCCACGGCCAUAUCGGUGCUGAUCAUGGUGCUGACGUUUCCCUUCUCGGUCUUCAUUUGCUUCAAGGUGGUCUCCGAGUACGAGCGUGCGGUCAUCUUUCGCAUGGGCCGACUGCGCAGCGGUGGGGCGCGCGGUCCGGGCGUCUUCUUCGUGCUGCCCUGCGUGGACGACUAUUAUCCGGUGGAUCUGCGCACCGUCUCGUUCGAUGUGCCGCCGCAGGAGGUGCUCUCCAAGGAUUCGGUGACGGUGACAGUCGAUGCAGUGGUCUACUAUCGCAUCAGUGAUCCACUGAAGGCCGUUAUUCAGGUCUCCAACUACAGCCACUCCACACGCCUCCUGGCUGCCACCACGCUGCGCAACGUGCUGGGCACUCGCAACCUGUCGGAGCUGCUCACCGAGCGCGAGACCAUCUCGCAUACGAUGCAAAUGUCCCUGGACGAGGCCACCGACCCUUGGGGCGUCAAGGUGGAACGAGUUGAAAUCAAGGAUGUCUCGCUGCCAACGGCACUGCAACGCGCCAUGGCCGCCGAGGCGGAGGCUGCGCGUGAGGCACGCGCCAAGGUGAUUGCCGCCGAGGGUGAGAUGAAAUCGUCGCGUGCUCUCAAAGAAGCCUCCGAGAUCAUAUCGUCCAGUCCGUCGGCUCUGCAGCUGCGCUACUUGCAAACGCUGAGCAGCAUCUCGGCGGAAAAGAACUCGACCAUCAUAUUCCCACUGCCCAUAGAGCUGCUCACACCAUUUCUGAACUCGUCCGCCCAGCAUGCGGCCAACCUGCAUGCGACGCCAUCGCCCCUGCACAGGCACCAGCACCAGCACCACCAGUGACGCUCGAUGUCGGUGCUGCAGCCGUACCUGGAGGCGCUGGGUCGCUGCGAGCUGCGCCGGCAAAUUUCGGGCAACGAUAACACGGAAGACGAUGACGAUAUCGUCGGCUACUUGCUGUAAGAGAUGCUAGAGAGGGAGGGAAAUAGAGAGAGAGAGAGCGAGA